CGCGGCUUGAGGCCUUACUAUAGCCUUUGGCGUAAUCCCUAUUAGCACGAGCCCGAGCGGUUCUAGCAGCCUGUCCUCUACCAGCUUCUGCCCAAAUGGAUCCUAGGUAUCAGCAGUCUAACGGUCACCGUAAUGAUGACUCUGACGGCGAAUCCUACGUCCCUCGAACUCCCCGUCGCACGCCGAUGGCAUGUACAUUUUGCCGUGGUCGCAAGCUCAAGUGCGACGGCCGACCGAUAUGCGCAAACUGCAACCGUCGCGGGCUUGCGUGUGCCUACGUACCUGUGUCCGGGCAGAAGCCUUAGAGUUUGAUCGCUCUGUCGCCGCGCGUAGUCUUGCGCUGCGUGUCGGCUGCCGACCGGUUCAGCGUGAACCCCGUAACCGCCGCCACCUCCCCUGGCGCAUGUCUCAGGCCGCGUGUACGUCUCUGCGGACAAGGACGGCAGUCCAGCCUUGGUCCCCGACCUCCGUCUGACCCUUCGUGGGCGUACUGCAUUUGUGUUCUCUGUAUCUCGACACUCGUCUUCGCAUUCGCUGUUACAUCUUUGACUCUGCUUUCACAUCGCUAAUUCUUGAUAAUUGCUACUAAUAAUGCUCCAUACGGACUUGGUUAAUUGCUCCUAGGCGAAAUAACGCCGACGUGCCUCCUGUAGCUGUAGACUUCUAGACUGUCCCCCGUUGCGUCAUCAACUGGCCCCGAUUGUUUCUACUCGUAUACUUAUCGUAUUCCUUCUAUAGUGCU